GAAGUCUACAAAUAGAAGAGCUGCAUCAGGGUGGACUGAAGUUAUCCUAAGGCAAAAUUUCAUUGCAUGGAGAGUGUAAACUCACUGAGACUGAAGUAAAGCUGGAAAGGAAUCUACAAGUGAAUAAAACAAGAAGUUUGGAAUUGGAUUUGGGGAAUCUGGGCUUGGAAAUGCCUCAGCCCAGUGUGAGUGGAAUGGACCCUCCUUUUGGGGAUGCCUUUCGGAGCCAUGUGUUUUCGGAGCAGACUCUGAUGAGCACAGAUCUCUUGGCAAGCAGUUCAGAUCCAGACUUCAUGUAUGAACUGGACAGAGAAAUGGACUAUCAGCAAAGCUCCAGGGACAACUUACUUUCCAUGGAGGACUGCAAAGACCUUGAGAACUUGGAGUCUUUUACAGACAUCCUGGACAAAGAAGCUGCUCUCACCUCCAAGUGGGAGCAGUGGGAUACCUACUGUGAAGACUUAACUAAGUACACUAAACUAACCAGCUGUGACAUCUGGGGAACAAAAGAGGUGGAUUACCUGGGCCUCGAUGACUUCUCAAGCCCAUACCAAGACGAAGAGGUGAUAAGCAAAACACCAACACUGGCUCAGCUUAACAGUGAGGACUCCCAGCCUGUCUCUGAUUCACUCUAUUACCCUGACUUGCUCUUUGGUGGAAAACAAAACCCUUUGAAUCCUUUGUUACCUGGCAAAAAAAUCACCACGAGGGCAGCGGCGCCGGUGUGUUCCUCCAAGAGCAUCCAGGCCGAGGCGCCGCUGUCGGACUGUGCUCAGAAGGCAAGCAAACCUGCCCCUCAGCCUGCUUCCAGUACACAGAUCAUGGUGAAGACCAACGUGUACAGCCACGAGAAGGUGAACAUUCACGUUGAAUGUAAAGACUAUGUGAAAAAGGCUAAAGUAAAGAUCAACCCCUUAUCGCAGAGCAGACCUGUGCUGAGCCAGGCACACGCCGACGCAGCGAAGGAGAACACCUGCUACUGUGGUGCUGUAGCAAAGAGACAAGAGAGGAAAGGACUGGAGUCCCCACAUGGGCACAGUACACCUCCUGUUUUGCCUUUUAAAGAGACUCAAGAGCUGCUCCUCAGCCCACCCCAGGAGAGCCCAGGGCUCAUCGUGGGGGAGAGCAGCCUGUCCGCCAGCACCUCAGUGUCGGAUUCCUCGCAGAAGAAAGAGGAGCACAACUACUCUCUCUUUGUAACAGACAGUUUGGGUGAACAGUCAGCCAAAGGAGAGCCUGAGGAGGAUGAGGAUGAUGAGGAUGACAUCGAAGACGAGGACCACGAUGAAGGAUUUGGCAGUGAGCAUGAGCUGUCUGAAAACGAUGACGAGGAAGAAGAUUAUGAGGAUGACAAAGACGAUGACAUCAGCGAUACUUUCUCAGAACCAGGGUAUGAAAAUGAUUCCGUGGAGGAUCUAAAAGAAAUGACUGCGAUAUCCUCUCGGAAAAGAGGGAAGAGAAGAUACUUCUGGGAGUACAGUGAGCAGCUAACACCAUCCCAGCAGGAGAGGAUGCUGAGGCCUUCUGAGUGGAACCGUGACACGUUACCCAGCAACAUGUACCAGAAGAAUGGGCUCCACCAUGGAAAAUAUGCAGCAAAGAAGUCACGAAGAACUGAUGUAGAAGACCUGACUCCCAACCCCAGGAAGCUCCUACAGAUUGGUAACGAGCUGAGGAAGCUGAAUAAGGUGAUCAGUGACCUGACUCCAGUCAGUGAACUUCCCUUAACUGCCAGACCCAGGUCAAGGAAAGAGAAGAACAAGUUGGCUUCCAGGGCUUGUAGGCUAAAAAAGAAAGCCCAGUAUGAAGCCAAUAAAGUAAAACUCUGGGGUCUCAACACAGAAUAUGAUAAUUUACUGUUUGUCAUCAACUCCAUUAAGCAAGAAAUAGUCAAUCGGGUGCAGGUCCCUAAAGAUGACAGAGGAGUCAACAUGGAACAAAAGCUGAACAUACUGAUUAAAGACACUCUUGGGCUUCCUGUCGCUGGACAGACCUCAGAGUUUGUGAACCAAGUCUUAGAGAAGACUGCAGAAGGUGACCCCACCGGGGGCCUGGUGGGGCUGCGGAUACCCAUGGCCAAAGUCUGA